CAUGGUUUCUUUCUCAGCUUCAUGAAAAUCCAAUUGUUUGCCUCCAACUUCUCUCUACUGAGGCUCCUUCACCUUUCCUGGCUGCCACCUUGGAUGGGAUGCGAAUCAAUUCCAUGCCAGCCUUCUCAUGCUUGGCCCACAUCUGGUCUAUGGAAACACUUAUGCACCCUUUGCCCCAACAAACUCUGGAAGUACAAGCCAAUCACAGAAUAGCAGCAAACUCGCCUUUGCUCCCACCAUCAAAGCAAAUAGUCCUUUCUUGGAAUGAGCUAUCUGAUUGUAGAGGCUCAUCAGUAGCCCUUCCACACGUUCAUCUUCACAAAGCCCUCCUCACGGUAAUAGUUUCACCAUCAGUGGGGCUGAGACACUUAAGGGUCUCAUAUUUACCAGUUCACUAUCACCUCAUUAAGGAGCCCUGGUGGUGAAGUGGUUAAGCUCUUGGCUGCUAACCGAAAGGUCUGCAGUUCAAAUCCACCAGCCACUCCUCUGGAGAAAGAUGUGGCAGUCUGCUUCUGUAAAGAUUACAGCCUUGGAAACACCAUGGGGCAGUUCUGUUCUGUCCUGUGGGGUUGCUGUGAGUGGGAAAUACACUCAAUGGUACCUAACAACAACAUCACCUCUUUACUCUAAGUCUUACUGGAUGCUCUGCUGAUAACUUACUUUAGAACUUAGUAUCUACCCUCUUAGGAAUACAUUUUCCAUACAUAUGUAAAUAUAAGAACAUAUAUAAUAUAUAAAAUACUUAUAUGGUACAUAUGAUUAUAUUAUUUUUUACCCAAGAGUAUCAUACUAUACACAAUUUCCUGCAUUUGUGCAUUUAUUGGUAAUAAAUCUUGGAGAGCCUUCCAUAUUGAACAUACCAAGUUCCUCAUAUUUAGGAGUUACGGUAAAUUAACUAUUAAGUAUUCCAUUGCAUAGUUGAAUCCGACCUUAUUUAUCCAGCCUCCGCUGGUCAUUUAAGUUGCUGCUGUUUCUUGUGAUUGCAGACAGUCCUGCAGAGACAUCCUUCCUCAUGCUUCUUGGUAAAGUUUUACAGAUAUAUCCACAGAGUACAUUCCCGGCCUUAGAAUUGCUAGGUCAUGGAAUAUUUACAUUUUAAUUUUGGUGGAUAUCACCAAAUAGAUCUGCACUCUCACAUUCCCACCAAGUGUGUGUGGUGUGUGUCUCACAACCUUGCCAGCCCGGGAUAUGUUUGAAUUUCAAAUUUUGACCUAUUAGAUGAUAAAAUGAUCUCAUUUUGAUUCUUAGUGUUUUAAUCAUGGGUGAGAUUGAACAUGUUUUUAUAUAGAUAGGACAAUUGUAGAUCUUUUUUAGUAACCUGCCUGUUCACACCUUUUGCCCAUUUUUUCUAGCAGAUUGUUCGUCUUUUUCUUACUGAUUUACACAAGGGAGUCAUCCCGUAUAAAGUUAUCCCUAUUUCACAGAUGAAGAAACUGUGAUUCAGAGAGGUGAUAUGGCUUGCACAGAAUUUGCCUGAUCCCAAAGCUCAUGUGCCAUUCACCCCCCUACAUGGCUGUUAAUUCUGGGGAUUGAAAUAUGACCCCCAGGUGAGUAGCAUCUAGGGCCUUAAAAGCUUGCAAGCAGCCAUCUAAGAUCCAACUAUUGGUCUCUACUUGCCAGAAACAAAAGAGAGAAGAAAACCAAAGCCUCAGAGAAGAAACUAGUCUACAGGGCUAAUAAACUACAUAAGCGAGCCAUGGCCUCAUCUACCCUGAGACCAGGAGAACUAAGUGGUGCCUGGCUACAACUACUGAGUGUUCUGAUCAGGGCCACAAUAGAUGAACUCUGAUAGAAUGGGAGAAAAACAUGGAAGAGAACUCAAAUUCUUAAAAGGUCGAGACUUGCCAGACCAUCUGAGACUAGAGGACUCCCUGAGACUAUCGCCAUAAGAUACUCUUUAAAUCUUGAACCAAAACUAUCCCAUGAGGCCACCUUUUAGCAAAAUAACAGAGUGGCACACAAAAUACAGGAUAUUACUCAUGACUAUGGUGCUCUAUUAAAAAAAAAGAAACAAACAAAAUCUAUAUGAGACCAAUAAGUCAACAAUUAACUCUAAAGCAAAGAUGAGAAGAUAAGGGGCCAGAGAAACUAGAGUAAUGGAAAUGCAACAGCCAGAACAGAAUUAAAGAGAAUGUUGACACAUUGUAAAAAUGUAACCAAUAAAAAGAAAAAACUUUUUUUUUCUUAUCACUGAACAAUUUAUAUAGAUUGUCAAAUGGGAACCUAAUUUACUGUAUAAACUUUCACUGAAAACAUAAGAAAAUAUUAUUUAAAAAAAAAAGUUGAGAGAAAAUAUCUAUGCAUAUAAAACAAAGAAAAAUAAAAGAAAUAUGACUCUCAGGCCCUUCACCACUAAGUCACAUUCUGGACAAAGCCACACUUAGGGUUUAUAUCAUACCUAGGCAGUGAGAAGAAGAUGCUAAUUAAAUGAGUGGGGGAAGUUAUUUUGGGAACUUCUGCUGCAUAACAAAUUAUCUUAAAACAGUGUUGUAAAACAACAACUAUUUUAUUUUGCUCAUGAUUUUGUGGGUCAGGAAUUGGGAGAGCGCUCAGGGAGGCAGGUCUUGCCUGGGGUCUGUCAUGCAGGUGCAGUCAGAUGUUGGCUGGGGUUGAGGUCAUCUGAACGCUCGUCUGGGCUGGAUAUCCAAGACAGCUCAAUCUCAUGGCUGGUAGCUGAUCCUGGCUGUUGGUGGGAUGCUCAGCUGAGCUGCCAACCAGAGCACCGACACAUACCCUCUGAAGCAGCUUCUCAACUGGGGUGAUUGUGCCACCCAGGCAGCAUAUUUUGUUGUCACAACUGGGGGAUGUUAUUGGCAUCUAACGGAUAAAGACUAGGGAUACUACCAAACAUCCUAUAAUGUACAGAACAGUCUCCAACAACAAAGAAUAUUCCAGCCCAAGAUGUCAAUAGGGCCAAAUUUGAGAAGCCUUGCUCUAAGACUUGGUGGUCUCAGGAUAGUCAAGUUUCUUACAUGAGAACUGGCAUCCCCCUGCAAGCUCCAAAAGAACCAGGUGGAAGCCACAACUCCUUUUAUGACCCAACCACAGGGGUCAUACAGCCUCAUUUCCAUACUCUAUUGGUUGAAGAAGUCUCAAACUUGCCUAGACCCCAGCUCUCUAUGGGAAGAGUGUCAAAGAAUCUGUGGCCAUAUUUUAAACCACCGGGGAAGACAGUGGGGAUCAGCAUGGUGGAAAACUUGCAGGGUGACAUGUCUAAUGGGGGUUGUCUUCCUGUCACCAGCCUGUCCUCCUGGGCACUGGCCACGCUGAUACUGAGUCACUGGCCCAGCUCACAGAAGCAGCUGCUAUAACUGGCAUGGAAGCCCUGUCAAGAACCCCCCGCUCCCCAAGCCCAUCAUCAAGAACUGCUGGGGUUUUUCUAGACUAGUAUAGAAGCUGUGAUCAGGGUAUCUGCAUUUGACGGUCAUUCCACUUUCUGUCUCCUUCUCUCAAACCUAACCCCGUCCAUCCUCUCCAGCAGUUUGCUAGCUGGGCUCUCACUCACACCUAUAACCUCACCUUUCCCAGAGCACCUAAGCACUUCAUUGCAAGCUCUUUUAUUAUUAGCUUGGGCAGGGAAAUGUGCCAUUAGUGAUUUAAUCUCCACAAGACAUUUCCCCCUAAUUGCUAGUCAUGGAUGAUAAUUAGCGACUGUUAAUUCCUGAUAAUUAACAAGCUAAUACUUAGAGGUAAUGGCACCCGGGUAAUCAUCUGAAAAGGCUCAGAACUCCCCUGCUUUUGGGUCCCAAUCUUUAAAGGAUGACACUGCAUUUCAGCGUUUCUAGCCCAAGAGUCAGCUGGAGCCCCCUGAGUUUGUGUUCAAGAGGGGAGGGAUUGGAGAUUUGACUGCUCUCUUUAGUUUUCUUCUCUAGUUAUAGAAAUAAUACACGUUCCUUUGGAAGCUUUGUCAAGCACAGAAAAGUAUAAAGAAAAUAAAAUAUACAUAACCCUGUUAGCUGGGAGCAUGCACAGUCAACAUUUUAGUUUAUUUCUUCCCGGUCUAUGAAUUUUUCACGCAGUUGAGUUUUGUGUUAAAUGCAUGGUUUUGCAUUCAGCUUUAUUCAUUUAGCAUUAAACGUAAACAUCUUCCCUUGUGAGAGCAGCUUAUAAAAAAUUUCUGCCUCCCCUGCCAGAAAAGUCAAAUAAAACAUAGUAGAAGAAUGGGAUCCGUGGGAAAGAGAAGCAAUCAUGCAAGAACAGAGGCUAGAAGGGCCUGAUUUACGGGGACUAGGAAUUCAUAAACCCUGGUGGCAUAGUGGUUAAGUGCUACGGCUGCUAACCAAGAGUUCGGCAGUUCAAAUCCACCAGGUGCUCCUUGGAAACUCUAUGGGGCAGUUCUACUCUGUCCUAUAGGGUCUUUAUGAGUCGGAAUCGACUCGAUGGCAGUGGGUUUUGGUGGGUUAGUGUCUUCAAGGACACUCCUGUCCCUGCCCACAAUAACUGUAAGGCAUUGGAUGGGGAGAAUAUGCGCGCACACACACACACACACACACACAGAGUUACAUAGAAAAAAGACUGGAAGGAAAUGAACUGAAAUGUUAAUAAUGGUGUUGGUUUCAGAGGGGAGAGUUACAGGUAAUUGUUACUUUCUGCUUUAUCAUUUUCUGUGUGCAGUACAGACAAAUAAAAGCAUUGGACCAGCAUUCAAAAGAUUACUAGUUCACACUUUGCUCCUCCGGGUGAUGGCUGGGUGAUCUCAGGUACUUCCUCAUGCUGGACUUGAUUUUGUUAUGUGUGGCGUGAUUUGAGGGAAAUGUUAGCCCUACCACCCUAAAAGGUGGUUUUCAGAAUCAGGAAUGCGGAGUCAUGGUGUACCUCCAUGAAACUGACAUCAGAAGAUAGCCCGGAAGACUCCCAAGGGUAAGCCUAAGAGGAUCAAGAAUUGCCUUUAUGUAACACUUGACCAUUUACAAAGAAAACUUCCCAAAUAUUGCAUCGCGUACAUUUCCAGAGGUCUCGUACAUUAAUGGCCUACCUUGGCUGUGCCAUUCAUUACCCCAACACUUCUUGAACCUGCUUAUUUCUUCAGUAGGGAAAUGGUGUAGCCUGGGUAUUAGGGCACAGGCUUUGGAGUUAGACCUGAGUUUAAAUCCAUAGUCUGCCACCCACCUGGGACUUCCUGCAGUCUACUUAACACCCCUAAACCUCAGUCUUCUAAUCUAUAAAAUGGGGCUAACGCUGCCUACUCGUGGAGUUGUGAGGUUCUGAUGAGAUAUUGUAAACAAAACUUUACACAUACCUGGCUGAUAAUCAACACUCAGUCAAUAUUACUUUGUAUUAUCAUAUUAUAUUACAUUAUAUGAUAUAUUAUCCAUAUUAUAGUUGAUAGUAUUAUUUAUUUAUAAAUAAAUAUGACUAUAUAAAGAUAAAAAAAAUAAUAACAGAAGAAUACAUACAAUUAUAUAAUGAAUGAUAUUGUUAUGUUCCACCCUGUGGAAUGCCAUAAAUUUAUUACAUACUCUGAAAAGGAAUGAGACUUGUCAGUCCUCAAAACUCACUCCAGACUUCAAGGUCUGGUAUUAUGGGUUUGGGAAACAAGGUCGCCUUCAGCCUAUUCUUUUAUUUCCUUACUUUUAUAGAUGCAGAUCAAUCUCCUCACCACUCUCAUCUUUCCAGUCUCCAAGACCCUAACCUUUUCAGCUCUCUGCCAGGUUUAACAUUAAAAUUGGCAGUUUAGCCACCGCCACGUAGGGAGCUGCUGUAUUUCAGAAGCUCUAGUCUGUGCCCUGCAGGAGCCAGGAGCUUAGUCCAUCGUUAUUUAAUAGUAGUCUUUUACAGCAGGGUCAUGCUUUUUAUUUUUCAAAGCAUUUUCAUAUCUGCUAUUGUGUUUAAUCACCCCAACAACCUUGUGGGGCAGGGGAGGCAAGUCUUGUCAUUCCCCAUGGAGGACAACAUGAUUUCCAAGGUGGGUGUCACAGAAAGUGACACCAUUCUGCAGUCAAGUGGACUGGAUUCAGCAAAACUAACCAGGUUUCUCAGUGGGCAAUGUGAUUCUUCAAGAGCUAGAUGAAUAUUUCUCAAGCUUCUUUUUUUUUACCAGAUAGCACUUCUUUUCUAGAAUAUUCCAUGGAACUAUUGCUCCAUGGAACCCACUUUGGAAAACACUCAUGGCAUGGCAAGAGAAAGGGCUUUGGAGUGAGGUGGAGUGAGGUUCAAAUCCAGCUACCACCCCUUUUUAGCUGAGUGACCUCCGGCAAGUUUAUCUCUCUGCUCCUCAGUUUCCUCACCUGUAAAAUGGGGAUGGUAAUAGAACUGUAAGGAUUAAAAGAGAGAAUAAAGUGCUUAGCACAGUGCCUAACAGUGAUGAACACUCAAUACACUUUAGCUUUUGUUAUUCUCCGUCUGUAUUAUCCAGGAGAAAAAAAUGGCCCUCAGAGAGGUUAAUUCUGCAACAUUACACAGCUAUUCAGUGACAGGGCUGAGUGUAAAAUUCAGGAUUCCUGCCUCCCAGGUCAAGGCCCUUUGUGGUAAAUGGGGCCGUUGUUCUCAUUCAGGGGUCUUACCCCUUUGUUCUCUCCUUCCCUUACUCCUGCUCACCACCCUUGGGGUUCUAAUUCCAUUUCUUCCGGCAGAUGUUGGGGUUUUUCAAGCCUCAAAUAUAAGUGAAAGCACUUAGCAAACAGCUAUAAAAAUCUUCCUCAUCAUCACUAAUUCCCCACCUCCACCCCCCAUUAUAGCUCCAAGGCCCCUCACCUUGGCCUCCUCAGAGCCUGGCUGCAACCCCUGCACACCCUGUCUCCCUGCUCCCCAGAUCCCGCUCCCUGCUUCUGGGACAAGACAGCGGCUGCAGGCUGCCCCCUGACGGUCCGGGAGGAUGAGUGGCUGCGGGAGGAAGGCCCUGACCCUGCUGAGCAGCGUCUUUGCCGUGUGCAGCCUGGGUCUCCUGGGGAUCGCUGUCAGCACUGACUACUGGCUGUACCUGGAGGAGGGCGUAAUCCUGCCGCAGAACCAGAGCACAGAGAUCAAGAUGUCCCUGCACUCCGGCCUCUGGCGAGUCUGCUUUCUGGCAGGGAGGAUUUGGAAGUGUCGAUGCAUUCUCGCCUCUGCAGGUGAAGAGCGGGGCCGCUGCUUCACCAUAGAAUACAUGAUGCCCAUGAACACCCAGCUGACGUCCGAGUCCACGGUCAACGUUCUAAAAAUGAUUCGCUCUGCCACGCCGUUCCCUCUGGUCAGCCUUUUCUUCAUGUUCAUUGGGUUUAUCUUGAGCAAUAUCGGACACAUCCGUCCCCACAGGACAAUACUGGCCUUUGUCUCUGGCAUCUUCUUUAUCCUCUCGGGCCUCUCUCUCGUGGUCGGCCUGGUGCUCUACAUCUCCAGCAUCAAUGACGAGAUGCUCAACAGAACCAAGGACUCAGAGACCUAUUUCAACUACAAAUACGGGUGGUCGUUUGCCUUCGCUGCCAUCUCCUUCCUUUUAACAGAGAGUGCUGGGGUGAUGUCCGUGUACCUGUUCAUGAAGCGGUAUACCGCCGAGGACAUGUACAGGCCUCACCCCGGCUUCUACCGCCCGCGUCUGAGCAACUGCUCCGAUUACUCGGGCCAGUUUCUACACCCGGACGCCUGGGUCCGGGGCCGCAGCCCCUCCGACAUCUCCAGCGACGCCUCCCUACAGAUGAACAGCAACUACCCAGCCUUGCUCAAGUGCCCCGACUACGACCAGAUGUCAUCUUCUCCCUGCUGAGCCUUGGCUACCUCCCUCCCUGGACUUCAGAUAGACAGACAGCCCCUUCAGUGUUCCCUCUGCCUGGCCCGUGAGCCCAGGCCUGUGGUUGACAGGCCCAGGCCCCCCCAUGCUUAGCUCUUGUUGCUUGACACGUGUCUUCUCCCUGCUUCCCCCAGGGUAGGUGUAACCUCCAGUGGGUGGGGGUCUAGGGUCUAGGGCCAGCAGGUAAGCUGGCUGAGAGCAUGGGUGUAGCCCAACCUCCUGGGUACCAAUCAGAGCCUUGGCCCCAGAAGCCAGCAGCUCUCCUGUGCCCAGAGAAGCAGGUGUUCCAGUUGUAUAUUCCUCCCUGCACACCCAACUUCACGGCCAAGUCCAACUCUGAGAUGCCAAGUCCUUUUACAUGGAUCCAGCUGGACCUGUGAGCUUGCCAACUCGCCUGGCCCCCUCUUUCCAUGACCUGAGCCAUUGGGCCAAAAGGUGACUUUGAUAUGGAGGUCUGGCUGGUUCCAAACCGUCUAGUAGAAAGUGUUCUUGUGAAACCCCUUCUUUUGUGUCACCCACAUCCCUCCAGACAACACACACAUCUGCACCCUCCACCUCCCAGCCCACAGGCUGCAUCCCUCUGUCAGCCUCAAUGAGCUGGAAACCUGUCCUUCUCUCCCCCUCCCUCUAGAACUCAGCUGUCCUGGGCCCUGUCCCUAGGGGACUAAGGGUGGGCGUGAAGCCACCCUGAAGUCACAAAGAGGUGUUAAUGGCUGAUCAAGCAUUAAUAUGCACGGCCCCCUUGGUAACAUAUUUAAUGAGGGGUCUUUAAUGCCUUAACCCAAAGAGGUGACUGACCAUGAGAAUUUCAGAAUCUGGCUGGUCUGAGUUAAUACUACCAGGCACUGUUUUAAGCCUGGGGAAACUGCCACUGCCCUCAUGGAGCUUACCAGGGCAAUAUUUCUGAUCCACGGCCCUGAAAUCUAAUCAUGCAGACAGAAGUCUCUACCAUCUAAGUAAAAGCCAGCUUUCAGAAGAGGCCGCCUGGGAUGUGGAACCGGAUUUGGGAUACCUGGUGCAUUUUGAGCCUAAACAAGCCAGACUCAGAGUGAUCCAUCUCUCCCGAGGAUGCUGUGGAUAUUUGGGGGCCAAUUCAGUCCUGAUAUGUUUCCUGAGUAUGGGAGCAAACCUGUUGCUGACAAGUCAGUUCUAACUUGUGAAAACCCCAUGUGUGACAGAGUAGGACUGUGCUCCGUAGAGUUCUCUUGACUGUUAUCUUUAUGGAAGCAGAUCACCAGGCCUUCCUUCUAUGGUGCCGCUGAGUGGGUUUGAACUGUCAACCUUUAGGUUAAUACCAAAAAACCAAACCCAUUGCCAUUGAGUUGAUUCCAACUCAUAGUGACCCUAUAGGACUGAGUAGAGCUGCCCCAUAGGGUUUCCAAGGCUGUAAAUCUUUACAGAAGCAGACCGCCACAUCUUUCUCCCAUGGAGCAGCUGGUGGGUUUGAACUGCCGACCUUUUGGCUAGCAGCCGAGCAUUUCACCACUGCACCACCAGGGCUCUGUUAGGUUAGUAGUCUAGUGCAAACUGCACCACCCAGGGACCUGAGUAUGGACACAGGGAGGCAAAUCAGAUACCUUCGGAGGUCUGGGCAGCGUGACACCUGUUUUCCUGGGAGGAAACUUGAGCUAAGGAAGGAAGAACCUUCCAUGAAAUCCAGGUGAGGAAAACGGGAGCUGCCUCCUCUGAGAUGUACCCCUCCCCUCUCUCCCUCCACCCCACCCCCCCAUUUCUCCAGGUUGUACAUUUUUGGUUUUGAGAUCUUUAGUAGCAGAACAACACCAUGCUCUCUUUUCCAUGUACUUUUGCUGCGGCAGCUUUUCUCUCUUUUCUCAUGCUCUCUCAGAGAUACUAUCAGGCUCUUGGUGCACGAAGCCACAAUGGGCAAAAGUGCACACUGGAAAUGAGUACAGAAAACGGCACCUUUGGAAGGGUGAUGGUUUCAUAGCUGGAUUACUCCAUUUGUCUCACAGCCUGGUAGAGGAAAAGGAGAUAAGAGAAGGCAGUGCCAGAGCCCUAACUCGCCGGGGAUCCUUGGGCGAGCCCUUUCUCCUCUGAGGGGCUCAGCCUAAAUUAUUUCCAAGCCCGCCCACCACGGCCCCGCACCCAACUCUAAAGAUCCAGUGUCAUGUAAAAAGCUCCAGAUUGCUCUCGUAUGUGACUGUUCCACCCUUGCCUAUAAACUGAUGCUGUUGUUAUCUGCCAUCGAGCCAGCCACCGACUCAUGGUGACCCCAUGUACAACAAAACAAAAUGCUGUCGGGUCCUGCUCCAUCCCCAUGAUCAGUUACAGAUUGGACUGUUGUGAUCCGUAGGCUUUCCUUGGCUGAUUUUCGGAAGUAGAUUGCCAGGCCUUUCUUCCUACUCUGUCUUAGUCUGGAAGCUCCACUGAAUCCUGUCCAACAUCAUAGCAACACACAAGACUCUACUGACAGACGGCUGGUGGCUGCACAUGAGGUGUGUCGGCUGGGAAUUAAACCAGGAUCUCCUGCAUAGAAGGUGAGACUUCGGCCACUGAGCCAUCUCUGCCCCCUGUAAAUGGGUAGCAAGUAUAAACCCUCAGCUUCCACAGCCUGGUGCCCUUGGAAUAACUCUUGUACUCUGUAUUACUGCUUAGAGAAUAAUAUUGAAACCACAUUCUCCCCAAAACACCGGAAUCGAUUGCCAAGCCAGUUAGUGUACCUGGAGACCAUUUCGUAGCAUUUCCAAACUGGACCAUUGUUUUAGAUGUGCUUUGCUCCAAUUCUUGACAAUGUAAUUAGCUGACUUGCACUCUUCUCUCUCUAAAGCACUCUUUCUCCGUUGCUGUGCCAAGCUUGUUUUUGUGCACAUGAAAAAAUAGAAACCACUCUUAAUACAAGGUGAUCGUUGACUGUGCCAUCAUUGGGACGGGACUUUACCUGCCUGGAUGCGGAGCUGCUGAGAGUAGCAGCUCUUACCUGGGAACAUACAGUUUGCACAUGUCUUAGGAACAGGUUCUGGUUAAUUGCUUUCGCUUACUCCGAAUGGGCAAAAGGAUCAAUAAUUGUGCAGCCAGUACAGUUUCCUUUCAGUCUAUCAAUUAGCCCCAGAACUGUCUGCAGGGUCUCAAUGAUCAAAAGAUUUUUAUCAAACAUUGAAAUGUAUAAACUCAGCUCAGAAAUCAUAAAUUAGGACCUCUUCCCCAAUACACCAUCUGAUCUUUUGUUUCCUCAAGCACUUAAAAAAAUAAUUUGAUGGGUUUUAUUUUUCACCAGCAAAAGUGGGAGGGGGAACUGAUAAACCAAAGUCUCAGGAAUAGGAGAAUAAAACCACUCCGGGUUACCAGCCGAGAGGGGAAGACAGUUCUGACACCGGUUUCCUCCCACCUGGAACCCACCACCCUCCUUUCUUCCCCAGGGCUGGGCCAGUGACACCGGCUUACCCCACCAACGCUACCAAAUGGCCUUCAAAGGACUAGCCUGUUGUCUGAGCUGGGCACUGACUUGAGGGAUAGAGGAGUCGGGGGCAAAUCUGCCUUAGCAACGAUGCUCCCAGACGACUACUUGCGGGAGGAGCCCCCUCCUUACUGUUUGAGCAGCUCACUAAAUAACUAAAUAAAAGCACCUAGAGGGUGGACAAGGGCAGGGAAAACAGAAUUCCACCUUAAAAAAACAGUUGCCGUCAAGCCGAUUCCAACUCAUGGCGACCCAAUGUGUGUGGGGUAGAACUGCAUUCUGUCGGGUUUUCAAAGCUGUGACCUUUCAGAAGCAGAUUGCCAGGGCUUUCUUCCAAGGCACCUCUGGGUGAACUUGAACCUCUAACUUUUUGGUUAGCAGCCAAGCAUGUUAAUUUUUUUGUACUACCCAACCAAAAACCUGUUGCCAUGGAGUCUAUUCCGACUUGUGGUGACUCCAUGUGCGUGGAGUAAGUAGAACUGCUCUGUAGGGUUUUCAAGCUGUGACCUUUUGGAAGCAGAUUGCCAGUCCUUUCUUCCAAGGCACCUCUGGGUGGGCUCAAAACACCAAUUUUUUGGUUAGUAGUUGAGAGCUUAACUGUGCCACACAAAGACUCCUUGCACCACCCCGGGAAUCCUGAAGAGCUGAGAAAAUGGAGCUGUGCUUCCAGCGUGGGGAGGGAGAUGUAGAGCUGCACCGGGCCUUUAUAAGCCUCCUUCACAGGCUGGCCAGCUGCUAGCCAAAAGGUCGGCACUUUGAAUCCACCAGGCACUCCUUGGAAACCACAUGGGGCAGUUCUAUUCUGUCCUAUAAGGUUGCUAUGAGUUGGAAUCAACUUAGUGGCAACGGGUUUGGCUUUGGUUUCGCAGGCUGCCCACUUAGCAGAGGUCAUCUGACCUCUGUCAGAGCCUGUGUGCAAUUCCCACGAGCCUUGACUUUUCCCAUAUGCUAAUAUGCCACUUGGGAAAUUAAUUAGCCUUUGGAACACAAACACUCCACGUGGUGAGUGGGUAGAGAAGUGGAUGAAUGAGUGAAUUCUGACAAACACACUUGUGCACAGGUUGGGCAGGUGUGGGCUCAGUAGUGGCAUGGCUGCUGCUCCAUGUCAUGUGGAAGAAGUCAGCCUUCCCCAUGGGGGGAAGAGGUGGUGCUGGGCCACAGGCAGGCCAGAGUUGGUGCCACCCUGGGGCUGUGCCCACAAGAGGCAGCUGCUCUUGCUGUCUGUGUUCCAGGUGUUCAGAUGAGUUGCAAAUCGGGCAGAUGCCCCUCCAGGACCCACAUCUCCAAGGAUGGGUGCUGGAGUCUCGGGUCCUUCCUUCCAGUGGUGCUAAGGUCACUGAAUUCCCACAGAUCCAGGUAACGACUGCACCCAGGGCCUAGACCUUUCUCUGUGACCUUGGACAAGUCGCGCCCUCCCCAGUCUGCCUUGGCUCCCCAUGUGUAAUGAGAGCCAGGAGGCUCUGCUAGCUCUACAGCUCCACAGGGCUAAGACUUUCUGCCCUGGGCAGCACUGCCCUUGUAUAUUUGCAUACAGUGGGCCCAUGGCUGUGCUGGUUCCCCGGUAGCCCCACUGUUCAGAGGUCUGAGUUCUUACCACUCCCUGUGUGACAGGGUGCCCAGUAGCCCUCGAGAACUUUUUUCAUUCAUACAAGGAAGGCGUUGGACAAAGUGGUCUCCAGGCUCCCUCCCCAAUGCUAAAGCCUGUAGGUUUUACAGGCAAAACCCAGCCAAGCUCAAGUAGUGGAACUCCAGCACCUGCUGCUUGCCAGGUGCACCCAGAAUUUGGAAUUUAGAUAAGAAAUCAGAUACUUGGUGAACCCCAAGGAAGAACAAGAAGUUGCAUAAUAGAGUGCAAAUAGCACCCCCCCCCCAGAGUAACAGGAGGGAAAGGGGAGUGGGGGGAUGAAGGCAGAACUCCACUGCCCCAUUCCUUACUCCCAGCUACAGGGGCAGAGAGGAAGAGGAGCCUCCAGCCCAGCCUCUGCUCCCCUGGAUAGCAUUAUGGGGAAUGAGGCCGUUGUUUAGCCAACUCCAGAGACAAUGACCAGGUUCAAGAGCAAAAGGCACGAUUUUGAUGCUAAACAAAAGGACUGGCCUCCUUGGCAGGAAGAUGCUUCUAGGGCUGAAAUGUCCCAAGGUGUGACUGUCUGCUAUUCCAAAAAACCAAACCAAACCCAUUGCCAUCCAGUCAGUUCCGACUCACAGAGACCCCACAGGACAAAGUAGAACUAUCCUGUAGGGUUUCGAAGGAGUGACUAGUGGAUUUGAACUGCCAACCUUUCAGUUAGCAGCCAAUCUCUUGCCCACUGCACCACCAGGGCUCCCAACUCUUCUACUAUUAGGAGAUGAAAGUUUCCAGGUGGGAGCUGGGUUAGGCGAGGAUUUGGUCAUUCUCCUGGAAAAACUUGCCUGAGAAUUGACACGAAAACACUCAGCCUCAAGCCUUGAAUAAGCAGGCUGGGGCUUCUGAGAAAGCCAAGGCUUUGGCUAGUUACCCUGGUGGGCCAAGGGCUUCAGGAGUAGGAUCUGUAGCUUCCUUUACCAAGUCCCAAUCCAGGCUUCCUUAGGCCAGAGAAAGAACCCUAGAACUGGCCUUCAUGCCUCCACUGCCCCCGCCAUCCACUCUGGACAAACCAGUGGCACACUUCAGGUUCUCCAUCCACAGGACGGGCUUCCUCCCCAGGCUCCUUCUCUGGGAAGGAGUGACCCUAAAUGAGAAUUGAGAUGGAAAUUCUUGUGGUGCCCAAUGGGGAAGAUGUGCUGACUUGCAGCUGAGUGCUGGCUCAGAGUCACCAUCACUUAUAACCCAAGCUUUAGCAGACUUGUCAUACCAGGCGGCCCUGCCCUCAGAAUCCCUCAUCCUGUUCAUGGCCUGAGAGGUGUGGGAAGGGCCAUGCUGACUCCAAAGCCUCCAUGGGAGGACCAUUCCUUGCCUCUUCCAGCUUCCGGUGGCCCCAGCUAUUCCUUGCUUUUAGCAGCAUACCUCCAAUCUCUGCCUCCAUCUUCACAUGGCCACCUUCCCUCUGUGUCUCUGUGUCUCAUCUUUUCUGAGAAGAACAGCAGUCAUAUUGCUUUAAGGGCCCAGCCUACUCCAAUAUGACCUCAUGUUAACUAACUACAUCUGCAACAGCCCUACUUCUAAAUAAUAGGAAUUCUGAGGUUCUGGGAAGGACAGGAAUUUUGGGGGGACACUAGCCAAUACAGUACAUGAAGCCUUGGUUGAGAACCACUGGUUUAGGCUUAUCAGGAUUCACCCUUGGAGCUGGGAUUAGGCUAGCUAUCUAGUUGAGGAGUAGUGGCUUCCCAAACAGAAUUCAGGAGAGGAAGGAGGAAAUGCAGAGUGGGCAAUUGAGGAGGCUGAAGUUCUGGAUGUGCUCCUUGCUCCCUCCCAGCCCACACAGGCAUUACCUCCUUUGAAAAGGCUGUGCCUUGGGCAAGACGUCAGAGCCAUGAGCUCAUGCCCAGCCUUUGAGCUCCUGACCCUUUUCCCUGAUGAGCCAAUAUUCACUGGGAUGCAGGAAGAGUCUGCCCUUGAGAAAGGACAGUAGUGCUCAGCAGUCUGGAGCCAACAUGCUCUCUGCCCCACUGACAGGGCCAAGGAUGGACUCUGGCCCUGAGUGGGCCUGAUGGAUGUUCAGCCAAUGACCCUGCAGUCUCAGGGCUCCUACUGCAGAGUUUAAACCAAUCUUCAUCACCAGUCUAUGAAUAAUUCAUUUUGCACUCCACGACCAUAAGAAGAACAAGACUUGAGGGCUUUGGAGGUUUCUGGUCAGGCAAUGAAGAGGCCAUGUAUCACAGUAUUCUCAGUAGGCUGAACUUGGGCCAUUUUUUUGUUUUAAAUGCACCCAUACUCACACAUCCACCUCCCAUCCCAUUUCAGAUACAGUAGAAUUCAUGAGAAAACACUGUGUAAACUGCAAAGUCCUCCUGAGAUUAAGUUGUUUUUAGUAACAAAAUGGCAAAGAAACUAAAUAAAACAAACCCCACUAAAGACUCCAGGUGAGUACCAUAUGUUAAAGCCAAAGUAAUUCUCAGUGCCCUAAAUGACCAAGGCUGGAUAAUGUCCCAUUAGGUCAGUCAUAAUUUUGCAGAAGAGGGAUUCACCAUCGUGAAUCAAGGCCAUUUCUUGUCAAAGUCAGUUUAGACACUAUGACUUCAACUCCAGGAGAGGGUCAUCACCAGACAUCAUCAUCAUCAACAAGCAAGUAAAGCCCUUAUCUGAGGGCUUGACACGUAGUAGGCACUUUGUAAGCACUUUCUCAUUUAACCCUUUCAAUACUGUACAUAAAAGGAUACUGAGGCCUAAAGAGGUUUGAGGACCGUAAUCCCACAACUAGGAAUAUUUGAAGUACUCUGCAAGUCCUGUUUCAGAUGGUUAGUGCAUACCCAGGAGGUUGGUGUCUGUAGUUCUCAAUGCCCAUCAUGGCAUAUGCACCCACUUCUGUAAUCAGAGAAAAAGUCCAGGUCCCCAUCCAAAGACAGAUGGGGGAAGAAAACAUCUCAGUAAAGGGGAAAGAGCAGUGAUGUGUUGUGUCCUUGAAGGCCCUGUACUUGUUAAUCCUGAUUCCUCAUCUCCCAUCUCUAUUCAUGAUGCCAACCAGUGUUGGGGUGCUCAUGAUGCCAGCCAGUGUUGGAGUGCUCAUGAUGCCCAACAGUGUUGGGGAUGGUUGCAGAACAAUUCCAGAUUUUCCUAACCAAGGUCCAACCAAUCAGUGAUGGAACUUCACCGCCCUCUCCUCGCUGGAGGAGACUCAUUCCGCAUGUUUGGACUGACUAGUGAGCGUGUGACUAGGGCUGAUCUGGAGCAUCCCAACAACUUGACCAAGGCAAACGGCUGGAGGAGUCAGCAUGAGAUCCUGGAGAGACCCUCACAUCAGACUCUGGGCUCCCUGAAGGAAAUGGUCAAAGUGGAAGUAGUGCAGAAGGUGCAACUCUUGAUAGUUUGAAGUCCAUCAUCAGCUGCAGAGGAUGUGGGAAUAUUUUCAUUUGUUCAACAAAACGUUUCUGCAACACCUAAUGUGUGAGCUCUGGUUGCUGCAUGGGGUGCAAAGAACAAAAAAAUGUGGUGAAAACGAAUUUGACUCCACAACACUUACAUGCAAAAAAUAUCACCUUGUUUUUCUAAAUCAAAUUAAAUCUGACUUUGAGGCCCCACUCACCAGGGUCAUGAGAAAUUCAGUGCCACUGAAAGUUGUACAGGAACCCAGUGGGGAGGGGAUGGCGGCAGUUACCGUGUAGCUGGAAAUCUACAGUUCAUCACAGUAUAGGUGUAGGGUCCUUGCAGAAGCAUGGAGCCUUGGUGACUGAUGUCCAGUGUCUUCAGGAACAUCACUUUGCCACCUCUCUCGAGCCCUGCAAAGGCACUGUGGUCUCCACCACUCCAGGAACCCAGUGUUGUGAAUUGAAUUGGGUCACCUAAAAAGAUAUGUUGAAGUCCCAACCCCCAGCACCUGGGAAUGUGAUCUUGUUUGGAAAUAGGGUCUUUGAAGAUGUUGUUGGUUAACGUAUGGUCACACUGGAGUAGGGUGAAUCCUAAUCCCUCUGAGCGGUGUCCUUAUAAAAGAAGAAAACAGACACAGAGAGACUGAGGGAAAGACAGCCAUGUGGAGAUGCAUCUGUAAGCUAAAGUACGCCUAGGGCUACCAGAAGCUGAGAGAGAUGUGUCAGGGCUUUCCCCUGGAGUGAACCAUGGCCCUGCUGAUGCCCUGAAUUCAGGCUCCUAGCCUCCAGAACUAUAAGACAAAUUUCUAUUGUUUUAAGCCACCCACACUGGUAUUUCAUUAGCUGACUCUUAGAGAAUAAGAACAGAGAUCACAUUUGUCUGACACCAAAAUCUGCGGUUCUAACCACUGCUGUGAGGUACUCCUCUGAACGUAAUACAUGGCCAUCUUAGAAAGUUACAGAAGCAUAGACAAUGGAGAGAAAGAAAAGAAAUGGUGCAUACUCUCACUCUCCAAACAAAUCCAAUUAUUUAAAAGCCCUGUUUACUAUGGAAACACAACAGUAGAGAAAGCAGUAUAUAUAAUGAAUUUCCUCAAACUCAUCAACCAGCUUCCACACAUGCCCAAUUCCAGAUUAUUUAGAAGCACCCCCCAAACAUCAUAUUGUUUAUCCUGUAAAUAUUUCACUGGGUAUCUCCAAAAAAAAUUACGGUUCUUUUUAAACCACAAUGCCACCAAACCAAAAACCAAACCCACUGCUGUCGAGUUGAUUGCAACUCAUAGAGACCCCAUAGGGUUUCCAAGGCUGUAAAUCUUUAUGGAAGCCGACUGCCACAUCUUUCUCUCAUGGAGCCGCUGGUGGUUUCGAACCGCCGACCUUUCCGUUAGCAAUCAGAUCGCUUUACCCACUGUGCCACUAGGGCUCCCUACAAUGUCACUAAUGCACAUAAAAUAUUAACACCAAUUCCUCAAUAUCAUCAAAUAUCUAGUUCAAUGUUCAGAUUCUUCCAGUUUUUUUCUAAAAUAUGUGUAUGUGUUUGUUUUAGGAUUUGUCAAGAUCAAUAUAAGAUCCUUACGUUGCAAUUGGUUUUUAAGUCUCUUAUGUUUCUUUUUGUCUAUAUAUUUCCUCACCCCCAUCCCUCAUCAUUUGACCCACAGUUUCCUACAGUCUGGAUUUUUCUGACUGUAUCCUAUGGAGGUGUUGAUGAACGUUUUCUUCUGUCCCUUCUAUGACCUGUAAAUCGGUAGGUGGAGCUACUAGAAGCUUUGUCAGACGCA